UGUGGUGAUUUCGAAAUAUCGGAAGAGGCAAAUGCGUGUAAUGCACUGAUCUCAGCUUAUGAAUCCGGCGAUAACAAUCGCUUUCAGGAAGUCCUUCGGUGGCCGCUUCUGAGGAGCAUGGAUAAUGAGUACCUUCGUUUGAUGAAAACAUUACAAUCACAUUCCGAAGGAAACCACGCGAUCGCCGCAGAAACAGCAGGCGCUGAUGAUGACGGUGAUGAUGAUGACGAUUUGAAAUAA